AUGAUACAAACCUUUCAACUUCCCUACUUUGACCCAUCGACAGGCAACUAUGGACAAGGAUGGCGGGACAUGUAUUGUGUUGCCGCAUUCUCGAUUGCAUUGACAGCGAUGUGGGCGAUCUCAGUAACUUGGAUAUUCGAACCACUUGCCAGAAGAAUGGGAUUACCUCCAGGAAAAGCCAGGAGAUUCGCGGAACAGACAUGGUUGUGCAUUUACUAUUCAUCCAUGUGGACUCUAGGAAUGUAUCUCUGGAGAAGAUCGAGAUACUGGACUAGCAUGCGAGAGCUCUGGGCCACAUUCCCAACCAAGCAGCUCGGGGGAGGGUUGAAAUUCUACCUCCUAACCAGCCUCGCAUUCUGGUUUCAUCAGAUCAUCGUGGUAAACGUGGAAAAAAAGCGCAACGACUACCCCCUUUACAUGGCGCACCACAUUGCAACUGCUGUUAUGAUGUCGUCUGCAUACGUUUACAGUGCCCACGAACUUGUCCACCUGGUUUCAAAUCUGAUGGAAGCUGCAGAUGUUUUCUUAUGUAUCGCAAAGAUUUGCCGGUACGUGGAUUGGAGAACGAGUGGGAAUAUCGCGCUGGGAACAUUCGCCACAGUUUGGCUUAUAUCCCGACACAUCGUUUACGUCCGAGUAUGCUGGAUCCUGUUCCAGGACAUCCCGACAAUAAAACCAUAUGGGUGCUAUUCGGGAAUAAACGGACAGCUGAGCAAAGAUGAUGUAGUUGUCUCAUGGUCGAGGCUUGGCCGCCCAUUCAUCGAUUCAGCAAGUUUAAUCUGCAUCGUCCCCUUGGUCAAAUGGGCAUUUCUAUCGAUGAUGCUGGUGUUCGAAGCCAUGUCAAUCGUUUGGUUCAAAAUGAUUGUCCAAACUGUAACGAGAGCCUUUGUGAAUGGAUACAGCGAUGAUGUCAGAAGCGAUGAGGACGAGGCUGAAGAGAGCGUGGAGAUGAAAUAG